AUGUUGAACGACGUUAAACUCGCACGAGUGGGACCAAACCGUCACGAUUCGAGGAUUACUGUUAAAGUGUUAAAGAUCUGGGAUACAAUUCAUGUCGACACCGGUGAAGGGCUCAGUUUCCUCUUUCUCGAUGACGAGGGAACGAAGAUGCAUGCAUUGGUGGAAAGAAAAGAUCAGCAUAGGAGAUUUAGGAGACUACUUCAUGAAGAAGAGUGGAAGACCAUAUCUGGUUUCCAAGUUCGUACAUUUACUCCAUGGAUUCGUUUGACCAAACAAAGGAAAGAGAUUUUCCUCACUUCUGAGACACAAGUUGAUGAUGCUGACGCCUUUGAUGGUUUUAUUCCGUUGGAUCUAAUUCCAUUUGGAGAUGUUAUGCGUUUGGAGUUCAUGCUGGAACUGUUUAUCUUAGAGCUACACGAGGGCGACUGGAAAAUCAUCACUGGAUUUACCGUAGAGUUGUCACCUCCUGGAUUUCGUUUUGCUAUGAAUCACCAUACCAUCAUCUUCACAGGUAAUACUAAUCUGCAGAGGUCAUGGGGUGUCAUCACAGACCAUUACAUGAGUUUCAAGAACUUCCGGUCCAUAAUGAAUGGAGUAUAUACUUCCAACUAUCCAAUUGAUCUCCUAGGCUAUCUAGAUGGCGUUGGUGAAAUAGAAGUUGUGACAGACCACACCUUUACACUAGGUGAUAACAUGCAAACUUCAAGAGUAACAUUCACCAUCAAGGAUCUUGAAGGUCGCACACUGGAAUGUGAAGCCAGGGGAGUUUUGGGUAUCCAACUCUACAAUAAAUGGUGGAGGCAUGGUGGAACCGAAACAUUCAUCACAAUGAGUGAUUGGAUGGUUUACACGGACAGAGGAACCAACGAGAUGAAGAUUAAGGAUGCUGGAGGAAUCUCUAGAUUUGAGUUCAAUGCCCUUUACCAGGAUGUUUAUGAGUUCAGGGCAGCAUAUUUUAAUGAGAGCGACCCUACAGGGAUAGAGAGUGAUGGUUCAAGUGUUGAGCUGGAUUGGUCUCCCUGA